AAUCUUUUGGUUCCUUUAUAUGAUUUGAGUCUCGCCCAACUUUUAUGUCCAACUUAGUAAUUGUUAAAUGUUAAAUCUACUUGCAACCAAACUAAUAGAAAACAGUACUCAACAAACCGUGUCCUUCUCAAACAGCUGCACAAUACCGUUAGCAACAACACUGUGUAUAUGCUCAGGAGCAAAAGUUGUGACUAUUGAUGUACAAGCAGCCAAGAAUCUCAUCCAGACAGAUCACGCUUAUCUUGAUGUUAGGACGGUGGAAGAGUUUGUGAAAGGACAUGUGGAUACAGCUAUGAUCAUUAAUAUUCCAUACAUGGUGGAUACAUCUAAGGGCAGGGUGAAGAAUCCAGAUUUUCUGAAGGAAGUUUCAUCUGCUUUCAACAAAGAAGAUCAUGUCGUUGUGGGUUGUCAAAGUGGGGUGAGAUCUCUAUAUGCAACUUCUGAUCUUCUAGCUGAUGGUUUUAAGAAUGUGAAGGACAUGGGAGGAGGUUAUAUGGAUUGGGUUAGAAACAAGUUUCCAGUGAAUACACCAGAAACCAAAGAAGAGCUAUAAUCAAUUAUGUUACAACUUUUAUAGAGUUAAUAGAAUCUACUUAUUACAUACAUACUCCUCUAUUAUGAAUUAAUUUAAUUUUAUCCAA